GUCAUGCUCAGUCGGUCGACCAAUCAUAUUCGGGUUUUCUCGGGCAUUCUGUAGCGGCACAGUAACUCACUUAUAAAGUCCGCUUGCAAAGGAUUUCAGUUCAAAGCACGCACACGUUCUGGGGAUACUAUUUGACUGGAUCACUUUCUCUUUUUACCUGAAAAAGUUACAGCAAAUCAUCAGCUGUUGCUCGAGUGUGGAGACGCCUGCAAACAAGACAAGGUUAUUAUACAAUCUUUCAGAAAGACAUAUGCAUAAAGACAUUAUCUCUCCAAACGGCUUUGUGCAGUUGACAGCUUCUUUGCAGGAGCAAAGAGCGUCUACUGUUACUUUUUUCUCCACUUUUGGACAUUUGAAAGACUUUGGUCGUACUUUCAUAUUUCGUGCGUAUUUGUGAGACACAUUUUUUCGUAUGAAUCUACUCGACCCCUUCCUGAAAAUGACAGACGAACAAGACAAAUGUCUCUCAGACGCACCGAGUCCAAGUAUGUCCGAGGACUCUGUGGGAUCCCCAUGUCCGUCCGGCUCUGGCUCCGACACCGAGAACACCAGACCGUCAGAGAACGGACUGCUGAUGGGUCCGGAUGGCCCCCUCGUGGAGUUCAAGAAGGACGACGAUGACAAGUUCCCUAUAUGCAUCCGCGACGCGGUAUCCCAGGUCCUGAAGGGCUACGACUGGACCCUGGUGCCAAUGCCAGUCCGUGUGAAUGGAUCUAGUAAGAACAAGCCCCACGUCAAGAGACCGAUGAACGCGUUUAUGGUUUGGGCGCAAGCUGCCCGGAGAAAGCUGGCUGAUCAGUACCCGCAUCUCCAUAACGCUGAGCUGAGCAAAACUCUGGGGAAACUGUGGAGGUGAGUCUCAGUCCUCUCUGUCAUUACUUCCACAUUUUUAUUUCGCGUGGCAACGCGUUUGUGGUCUUAUUACUGAAACAAAUUUCUACUCCAUUCUACUUUUACCCAUUCAUGUUACGCACGCAUAUGAACUCGAUACUGUGAUCUUGCGUCAUUUAGCCUUUGAAAUAAAAAGGUAUACUAUGCCUCAUUAAAAUAGGAAACUGUUUUGCUGUCAAUUGAAUAUUUUAUUUACUCAUGUAUCCAUUUGCCUUUUACGCACAGGCUACUCAAUGAGGGAGAGAAGCGUCCGUUCGUGGAGGAGGCAGAGCGAUUGAGGGUACAGCACAAGAAAGACCAUCCUGACUACAAGUACCAGCCCCGGCGGAGGAAGUCCAUGAAGAACGGACAAAGCGAGUCUGAUGACGGCAGCGAGCAGACGCACAUAUCACCAGGCGCGAUCUUCAAGGUGCUCCAGCAAGCAGACUCUCCAGCCUCUAGCAUGGGAGAGAUGCACUCCCCCGGAGAACACUCUGGUAAGAAGAGAGAUAAUGCUUAGUGCCUAUUGCAGUCAAUCAAUCAAAUGUAUUUAUAAAACCCUUUUUACAUCAGCAGAUGUCAUAAAGUGCUAUACAGAAACCCAGCCUAAAAUCUCAUACAGCAAGCAAUGCAUUCAGCAUGUGUUCGUCAAUGUAUACACAUAUUUGACACGUUUACUGCUGCUAGACUUUUUAUAACAAUACAUGUGUAUGAAAGUAGAUUAUGUGAACAGCUGAAGACUGAUACUAUCAGAUAUGUUCUCUGUGAGUUGAACUUGAUAUCUAGAUUAAUUUGACCACUUGCAAAGCUCUUAUGUUUUCCUAUUCAAUGAAAUCCACGGGUCUGCUCUUGCUCUGAGACUUGCAUCACAGAAAGCCUAUAUGUAUUCUAUAUGUAACCCAUUCUCUCUCUCGCUCUCUUAGGCCAGUCCCAAGGGCCCCCCACCCCUCCUACCACCCCUCCUACCAAGACGGACAUCCAGGUGGGCAAGGUGGACCUGAAGCGGGAGGGUCGGCCCUUACAUGAAGGCACGGGUCGCCAGCUCAACAUCGACUUCGGGGAUGUGGACAUCGGCGAGCUGAGCAGCGACGUCAUCUCCCACAUCGAGACCUUCGAUGUCAACGAGUUCGACCAGUACCUGCCCCCCAACGGUCAUCCGGGUGCUCCUGGCGCUGUCACUGGCCAGGUCUCCUACACCGGUACCUAUGGCAUCAGCAGCUCCGCAGUCAGCCAGGCAGCAGGGGGCGCCACAGGGCACAGCUGGAUGACCAAGAGCCAGCAGCAGCAGCACUCCCUGACCACGCUGGGUAGUGGAGGGGAGCAGGGCCAGAACCAGAGGACACCCACACACAUCAAGACAGAGCAGCUGAGCCCCAGCCACUACAACGAUCAGCAGAGCUCCUCCCCUCCGCAGCACGUCACCUACGGCUCCUUCAACCUGCAGCACUUCAGCUCGUCCUCCUACCCCUCCAUCACCCGGGGCCAGUAUGACUUUUCUGACCACCAGGGCGGCACCAACUCCUACUAUAGCCACGCAGCUGGGAGCCAGGGCUCAGGGCUGUACUCCUUCAGCAGCUACAUGAGCCCCAGCCAGAGGCCCAUGUACACCCCCAUCGCAGACCCAACUGGGGUGCCCUCCGUGCCCCAGACCCACAGUCCCCAGCAUCACUGGGACCAGCAACCAGUGUACACACAGCUCUCCCGGCCCUGA